AUGAUGAUUCACCAACCGAUCGUGAUCGGCCUUCGGGUGGUGGUGGUUCGGGUUGCCUUCGCGUACACACGUAAAUCCCCCAUACGAACACGUCUCAGAGACAACUUUCCGACCGUCCGAGGUGACCGACGACCGAUCAACGACGCCGCAUUGACGCUGCUGCUAUCGUCGUCGGUCACUAUCAUCGCCUUCGAUCAAACCCGAGCGGAUUUUCGUCGUCAGCGCUCAUUUUCGUCAUUUAAACUUACACUUGAAGGCAUUUUCCCAUUUUUGGACUAG